AACUAAGACUACUCUUCCAUUGUAUUUAAUAGAUAGUGAGCCAAGUGUGUGUUUUCUUCUGUACUAUUAUUAUUGUUUUUCUGGAUCAACAACAAUUUUGUUGUGUUUUGUUUUGAUGUCAAAUUGAAUUUCGAAAUGAUAACUACAAUGUUGGAUUAUUUCUCUUGUUUUGAUAAUGAAAUCUAAUCCAUUAUUGAUGUUUAAUUAAUUUUUGAUCUAAUUAUUUUGAAAAUGGUUGCUACAAAAUGUCGUUGUCGUUAUCAAGAAUGUUCGGAUCGUUCAUUAGAUUAUGGUACAUGUCAUCUAAAACCGGGAGGAUAUUGUUUUACAUUUUUCGAAGAAAUUAUUGACGAAGGUGGCCUUACACAUUCGAUCGAAAAAAGAUACGGCUGUUUUGAACCAGGUGAUGGAACUUUAUUUCAGUGUAAAGGAUAUUUAUCACCUCAUGCUGUAUUUAAAAAUAUUUCCUGUUGUAAUUCACAUGAUUAUUGUAAUGAUCAUUUAUUUACACAAAUCAAUGAUGGAGAAAUUGUAUAUGAAGAAAAAUUUUCCCUUCCUGACAAUUCAUGGAUCUAUAUUGCUGCUGCUUCAUCGGCCAUUAUUUUUUUAAUUAUGGCUAUGGUCAUGUUUAUUAAAUAUAAAAAAUAUUUGCAAAAGAAAUCAAAAGAAUUUCAAAAAAAUGAUUCCUUUUCACAAAAACUUUUAUUAUCACCACAAUUUGCUGCAGCUUAUUCAACACCAACAUAUUUGAAUAUCAGUAGCAAUGUUAGCGAUUAUAGUGGCGGAAGUAGUGGUGUAUUUAUCAAAUAUCCAUCGAUAAAUACAAGCCAAAAUAUCAGCAACUAUACGAUGGAAUCUAAUCUUCCAUCAUAUCAUUUCCUUUCAUCUGUAGCAUCAAAUACAACAUCAUCAUUUAUGAGUGAAAACACACAGCAAACGGUUUUAUCAUCACAAAAAUUAUCAAGUUCAUUGCCACCUGUUACUGAAGAUUCAAUUACUUCUGGUUCCGGUUCGGGAGUACCUCGUAUGAUUCAAUCAACAAUCGCAAUGCAAAUUGAUCUGAAACGAAUGAUUGGCGAAGGACGAUUUGGACGUGUUUUUCACGGUGUUCGACAUUGUGAACAUUAUGCUGUCAAGAUAUUCUUUUCAAGACAUGAAGCUUCUUGGAAACGUGAAGUCGAUAUCUAUCAGGGUACAAUCAUGCGACAUGAAAAUAUUGUCACAUUUUUGGCUGCUGAUAUUAUCUCAAAUAAUGGUUUCACUCAAUUAUGGUUGGUAACCGAAUAUCAUGAGCUUGGUUCAUUAUUCGAUUAUUUGAAUCGAAAUCCAAUCAAAAACGUACAACAAAUGAUAAGUCUAAUGCGUUCAAUAAUUUUUGGUCUGUCACAUUUACAUUUGGAAGUAAUUGGAACACAAGGAAAACCAAGUAUUGCACAUCGAGAUAUUAAAUCGAAAAAUAUCCUAAUGAAAUCCGACUAUUCUUGUUGCAUUUCGGAUUUUGCUUCGGCUACAACUAAAUCACUAAAUGAUUCGCGAAUUUCGUCUAGAUCUGAUAUACCAUGCUUUGGAACCGUCCGUUACAUGGCUCCAGAGAUUCUUAAUCAUACAAUCAAUAUGGAUCAAUUCGAAGAAUUUGUCUAUGCUGAUAUUUAUUCACUCGGAUUGGUUUACUGGGAAAUUUUUAAUCGUCUUCAAUCGAUUGAUGGAAAGGUUAAUUGUUAUAGCAAGCCAUAUCAUGAAUACUUACCGGAUGAACCUUCAUUUGAUGAUUUAUAUCAAACUGUGUGUGUUCAGAAACUUCGACCUUCAAUCAGUCCUCAAUUAAUAACUGCCGAAAAUCCGAUCCUUUUCCAAACAAUCAAUUUAAUCCGUGAAUGUUUGACCGAAAAUCGUUUAGCACGACUGACAUCAUUGCAUCGCGAUAUUGUUUUCAAAGAAACCAUUACCGGUUUAGUGGAAAAAGAAAAUUUUACAUAUUUUUUUAUGGAUAGUGAAAAUGAUAUAUUGCUCAAUUUAACAUCCAUUGUUGGUGAUUGUGAUCUAUAUGUGAGUCAAUCAUCAUCGCCAAAUCAAGCGCCCCAAAAACCAAAUACUUUCGAUAUUUAUAGCUAUGAUCUACAUAGUGCUACCUGUGGACAGGAUAUCGUUUAUAUUGAUAACUAUAUUCGCCGUCCAUUUUGCAUAGGAAUCUAUGCUCAUUUUACAUAUGAUGUUUGCCGCUAUCAAUUAACAGUGAUUGGCUAUGAACUAUUAAAUAAUUCGAUGUCAAAUUAUUUCGGCAAACGUUUCGAAGAUUUUACAGAUAAUUCUAUCGAGAUGUCCAGUCAGAAUGAUCGUCAACAAUUCACUGAUAAUGGUCGUUUUGAUGAAGACAACAAUCGUCGCAUCGGCGAUGAUGACGACGACAAUGAAGAUGAAAAAUUUGAUAGUUUUACACAUGCCUUUUUGAAUAUUCUUUUGGAAUUUGUUGCAUUUUUCCUUGAUAUAAUAAUAUUUUAAUGAAAAUAAACAUAAAUCUUGUCAUUUUAA